UUCAACUGUGUGAAGCUUGAGAGCUUCAAACGCAUGUUGACGUUGAUCAUCCCGCCUGGGGUUCCAGGAGUCCCCACCCCAAAACCCCCAACGUAUCACAUGAUCCGUACCACACUUUUGGAUGAGCUUGAUGUGGAAGUCCAAAAGUGUGUGAAACCUGUCCUCGCUACUGCAGCUGCCUACGGUUGCACGAUAAUGACAGACGGUUGGACCAACAUUCGGGGCCAAACGUUGUGCAACUAUGUCGUCGGCACUACACGGGGCGCCACAUACGUCGCGACAGAUGUUAUGCGAGGAAAGAAGGAUGCCACUGCUCUGACGCAGGCUUGGCUGCGAAGGUUGAAGUCCCUUGACAUCAAGCUCGCYGACAUCACCGCUUUCGUCACAGACUCUGCCAGUUCGAACGUUUCUGCGAUGGAGGUAUUCCAGAAGGAUGAGAGUGUCAAGCACAUCUUCUGGAUUCCUUGUGUGGCACACGUCAUGGACCUCAUCCUUGAGGAUAUCGGCGGCAUUGAUUGGGUGGCGACCCGCAUUGCUCAGGCGCGUUUGGUCACAAAGUUUUUCAAGCGUCAUAGCCACGCUCGCGAAGUUUUGCAAGCUUUCACGACGAAGGCUCUGCUGCUUCCCGCCGAGACUCGCUUCGGUACACAUAUGGUGGACAGCGACACGAGGCAGAUUGGCAAGAUUCCGCGGCGGUACGACGAGAUGAUCGCGCGUUGUUUGUCUGCAUGUGCCGCUUUGGAAAAGGACGAGCAGGACGCGCUGCUUGACGUGUUUGACAGACGCCGCACCAUGUUCAAGUCGCCUGCUCAUGUUGCUGCCAUGAUGUUGGACCUCGAGUUUCGAGACCGCACGAUGCCAGAUGACGAGGAGAUGCAGCACGGUUUGAAACUCGCUCUGAUUCAGUUUGGGGUUCUAAAAACCAACUCCUGCGUGACGCGGCCGGGAGGGUCCCACGCUGCCCCCGCGCGGCGCCGGACCGAUGCGCCCGACAACGUGGGCGACGACGAUGGCUCCAGUGGCGAUGAUCACGGCGAUGGAGGAGAUAGGCCACGACCUGCACAUGGUGACACGAUGCGCGCCGACGGGGCAGGGGGCGAGCACCGCACAACAGUAGAUGACGCUCGAGAUGGAGUGCAUGAUGAUGGUUCACGACCUGUCUCGGGCGGUGACCUGAGGCGCUUGAAACGCGGACCAAGGGAAAAAGACACUAUCGCUUCACGUGUGCGCAAACGUCAUGGUGGGGUUGCUAGCAUUCCACUAUCACGAGUCCCCGCAACUGGGCAGAUUCCAGUUUUUGAGGACUCUUUCAGCAAUCACGGCGGCGAGGAGCGGAUCGAGCUGCRUGGCGGGAGCGGUCAUCCACGAGGUGACACUUCGAGUAUGCACGUGACAGCUCCGAUGGGGCCUUCCGCAGYAGUCCCAGAAUCGCAACAGGGUCCAGCACCGUUGAUGCGUCAUCCCGAGGUUCAGGGAGAGAUCAGUCCUCUCCCAGCAGUGCGGGACGAGGGUUCUGUCGGUGCACUGCAUCCACUCACGUCUGCCGGAGCGGCAGUCUCAGUUGCAGCGACCUCGGAUGUGGGACAACCACUGGCAGCGGCGGAGCAARAAAGUAUGCUCCCACCUCGCASUGUUCAACCGCGGCCACCGCCUGCAUUGAUGGAGGGGAGUCAGGGGACCGUUGUUGUGUGUCAAGGCGACGAUCUCCGGGAACGUGAUAUCUCACACACUCCCGCAGCCGAGCAGAGCGUCGCAGACCAUGUCGGCCUCGCAUGCCCCACCGGCAGUCUUCCGGGUACCGGCGAGUUACUGACCAUGGACUCUACGUUCGUUUCUCUACCGGACUUGUCGACGUUGAUAUCCCCAGGUCUACCCCAUGUGUCACCGCCCAAGCCACAACAGCCUGUUGUCAUSGAGCGUGGAUCGGAYGGGUUUGACGUGGCAGGAGGCGAUAUCGCCRAUAUGAUUACGAGCCCAAUGGURUCUGCCACGCCCACAAUUUUUCGUGUUGGCAAACUACGYGAGGUGGCCCUUGGUUUGGCGGAGACRGCGACGCGACACCGCCGCGACRGUCAGCGCARCAUCGCACAACGCAGUCUUUCUCAUUCGUUUGACGGCGCAGAGGAAGGGUCUCCUGGUGGGCCAGUUGACACACUYGAAAGAGAAGCAAGACCCCCAAGUUCGCCGUCAAACUCAGAGCAUCAUCCGAUUGCCGCGGUUGUCGGUGCAGAUGCGGGCGUCCCCGUCACAAACAGUGGCGCGGACGCGACAGAACAACUUGUGGUUGGGUCAUCGGCGACAACACGGCGCGACAGAGCCACUGUUUUGCCGACAGUGGCAUUCUAUGCCAGCGGGAAGAGUACUGGGGGGAUGGAUGAGCAGGGAGUCCGGAAUGUUGGCAGGCCAUCUGCACCGUCUAUGGGGAAACGAUCCAUUGGGAGUGUGGAUGGUGCUCGGCACACCGCCAUGGCAGAGUUUGAGGACCGACACGGGAGUGCUUUGCCGACGAAGACGUCUGAUGUCCAUGCUACGAAAGCCGCAAAGGCGAGUCUUUCUCGGGCAAGGAAGAAGGUCUCGGCAAGGAAGGCGUCACGUUCAUCCUCACAUAUGCGUCCCCGACAGAGAGGAUCGGGCGUUGUGCAUCUCGAGGACGGAGAGAUUGCACCUGACGGCGACGCAUUGGAUGUUGGAGGGAGGGAUGCAACGACGGCGGAUAUCGUCGGCAGGGAGGGCACAGGGAAUGCAGUGGCAGGUCAGAAGAGACGCGGCAGUGUACUUAUCGUCCACGACGRCAGCACAGAUGUCGCCYCGGGAGAGACCACAGGCACUGAUGAUGCAGGGGACGCCGAUUACGUACCCAAACCACGGGCGGCAGAUGGAGAUGAUGGAGGAGGGCGACGAGUGAGACCGAGGACACGACUCGGGCAGCAAGGGCAGCGAGCACAGGGCACACCAUCGGCGAUGAUUCCUGCCCCCAUAGAUCGGCGAGCUCAGGCGCAGCGGUUGCUGCGCAAAAUGGAGGCCACUCUUCAGCAGACGCACGGGUUAUCGCUUGGCCUCGAAGAGACGGAGACUCAGAGACAAGGAGAGAGGGGGGGAGAGAGAGAGAGAGAGACAUAGAGAGAGAGAGAGAGAGAGAGAGAGAGAGAGAGAGGGAGAGAGAGAGAAAUAUUUAUCAGAUACUUGCGCUGGCUGCGUUGUUCGAGAAGCAGGCGCGGGCUUUCACUAGGACGGGAGGCCAUAUGGCCUAGGCCCGUAGCAUGAGAGCCUAUAGCCGGGCAGGCAGAGGCGGUUAGAAAAUUGCUUCACUUCAGCUUGUUAUACUUUUAUUUUGUUACCCUCACAACCUCGGAUCUUCACAGCCUCGUAGCCUCGUAGCCUCGUAG